AUGAUUCAGAAGGGUGAUGCGAGUGUGACGCUUCUGCUGCGUCUUCCCACCUCCCUUUCUUGCCUGCUUCCCUGCUGCACCAAUCACGGGGCGGCAGGUGUACCGAGGGAGGCUCAAGUCGGGAGAGGUGGUGGCGGUGAAACGAGCCAAGGCGGAGCGACGGCAGGACAUGCGCAAGUUCAAGAAGGAGUGAAGCUGCUGUCUCGAGCAAAGCACAAGCAUUUGGUGCAGCUGUUGGGGUGUUGCCGGGAGGCACAGGAGAAGCAGGUGGUGGGUAUGAGAAGCUCUUUUGGGGCGCCUCAAGAGGAGGGAAAAGAGAGGAUACCCCCUCACAGACCCUUACCUCCCUUCCUCCUUUCCCUUUUCCUCCUCAUCCACCCUUCCAGUAUAUUGCGGGGAGGAGCAGGAGCAGCUUCUGGUGUACGAGUUCAUAGGCGGGGGAGAGAGGUGGGGAGAGACCCCCCCUGCUGCCUACCUGCAGAACCUCAACUCCCUUUCUCCUUUCCCCCUUUUUCCCCGCACCCACCCUCCCAAUCCACCCCCCCCCCCUCUGUGUCAGGUGAUGCUGCUGUCUCGAGCGCGCCACAAGCAUCUGGUGCAGCUGCUGGGGAAUUGCCGGGAGGACCAGGAGCAGCUUCUGGUCUACGAGUUAUGCUUCUAUCCAGGGCGCAUCACAAGCAUCUGUUGCAGCUGCUGGUGUACGAGUUCAUAGGCGGGGGAAAGGGGUGGAACCCCCCUGCUACACACAGAACCUCAACCUCCUCUUCUUUCCCUCGUUCCCCCUCACCCACCCUUUCAACCCUCCCCUCCCAUCUUCCCCUCUGCCAGGUGAUGCUGCUCUCCAGGGCGCGCCACAAGCAUCUGGUGCAGCUGCUGGGGUAUUGCCGGGAGGAGCAGGAGCAGCUGCUGGUCUACGAGUUCAUAGGCGGGGGAACCCUCUCUCACAACCUCAAUGCGCCCUGGCGAGCCAGACAAAACAAGCCGCCCCUCAACUGGACCGAGCGGCUGCUGGUGGCGGCAGGCACGGCGCGCGCGCUGGCGUACCUGCAUGAUGACGUCAGCAUGCCCUUCAUCCACCGGGAUGUGAAGCCCGGCAACAUCCUCUUGGAUCGACAUGUGGUGGCGAAGCUGGCAGACUUUGGAACGUCAAGAGCCGUGGACACAUCGUCGUAUUCUGCAACCAUCCAGGGCACUGCGGGCUACUGCGACCCCGACUACCUCAAAUCAGGGCAGCCAUCGAAGCGCAUAGACGUGUACAGCUUUGGCAUCGUGCUGCUGGAGCUCAUCACUGGCAAGUCGCCUAGAGGCAUCUCCAGGCCGUACCGCUUUCACGUCCAAGAUCUGCUGGAUAAGAAGGGGCUAGCAGGGAUUGUCGACCAAUCCAUGGGCAUUUACCCUGAAAAGGAGGUCACCAGCGUGCUCACCCUGGCCUUCAAAUGCACGGACAUUAAGAACCCUGCUGCCCGGCCGUCCAUGAACCGUGUGGUAACCGAGUUGGAGUCAGUGUUAGAGCCUGAGCGAGUGCUCCCGGUUACAUCGGCGGUAACACGGCAAAUACACCACCAACAUGAUAUAAGCUUGUCCCGAGGAGUCGUGGACGAGAGGGUUACAGAGGCGCACAAUGAAAAUGUGCAAGAUAUUGGGGAGUCGAAUAAUGUGACAGUAAUGGAAGAGAUAAGCGGAGAGGUACGGCAAGGUCAUGAUGAUUUCAGGGAGGGGGGUGUUAUAGGAGAGGGUGGAAGCGUGGAGCUGUCGUUUGAUUGGAAUUUGCAAGAGGGAGGCAGUGGUGGGUUGGGGCGAGAUAGGAGAAACGCUUCCAUGGUGGGGGAUCCGGAUAGGCCAAGCAGGUUUUCAUUUCGAGGUCAAGCAUUUGAAGAUUCUGAUAGGGAGUUUGAUGAGAGUGGUGUACUUAGCUAUGGGCCAAUCAAUCCUGCCUAG